AUGGCACUCAAUUCGCAUUUCAACUACGAAAUCCAUGACGGCCAUCGCCACUACGACUUCAGAUACCCAAACGCUGAGCGCAAAGAUGAGCAGCAACGCGUCGCCAGGCAACCCUAUUGGGCGAAUCGACAGCUAGAAGAUCGUGAUGAUCAUGUACUGAAUAACAAUGAGAAAUUCAUGGUUUCGCUUGCUGUCGGGAACUUUUUACCUGAAGAUUUGAAGAUUUCGCUUGUCGGUCGUCGUCUGACAAUUGAGGGCAGACACGACGAUAGAACGGAUGAUCAUGGAAUGGUCUCCAGGUCUUUUAAAAGAUCCUAUCUGGUACCGAAAGACUGCGAUAUCGAUGCGCUAAAAUCGCACCUGGCCGAUUCCGGACGACUCUGCAUUACGGCCCCAAAAUUACAUCUGGAAGAGACCGCUUCGUCUCGAUCCAUCCCAAUCCAGCAGGCAAAGAACGAGGAAAAA